CACUUCAUUAUAUAAAUAUAUAUGUAUAUUUUUUUUAACACCGAAAUCUAUAGGAAAGGAUGACGUAGCUCGUGUGUGUAUAUGUAUGUGUGUGUGCGUGUGGGCGUGGAGAAUAAUGUCAGCGUGCGGCGCGAGAGGAGGGGAAGCCUGGAGCUGCUGGUAGCUCGAGGAGGGUAACACUGCUGUCAGUGGCGGAAACCAGCUGCAGCUGAUGUUACCUGCAUGGAAAUGUGUUUUAAUGUCAGACGGACAGACGCAGUUUGCGGUUAGCGUCUAUCUCGGCAUCUUUAGAGUGCACGAGGUGAGUUAAUUGAGCUCCACGCCGAAGCCCUGCCUCCCUUCCUGGAUGAGAAGCAGCAAAUUAGUCAGCGGCUUCUCAGCAUCGGGCCACUUGUGACCACUGAGCCUCCAUUUCAGAAACUCUCAACAACCUCUAGCAAUGAUGUAGAGGCUUCAGCGACAUGAUGAUGAUGAUGAUGAUGAUGACGAUGGUGAUGAUGGUGAUGCAGGGCCUUGCAGGGAGGAGGAGCAGCAACUGACUCCUCCGUUUUGCCACGUCCCGCGCUCUAUGUCCGUCCAGAUCGGGCGGCUGGAGUGCUAUGUCAUCGACCACACCCCCAUCGGCUCAGCCCCCUAAGAAGGGACGGAAGCCGGAGAAGUCUGAGGUGAUGGCUGAUGCGGUGCAGGCCACCAACGAGGAACUGAGGAGCAAACUCAUGGACGUCCAGAUCGAGCUGCAGCAGGAGCGCGGCAAGGUAUGCAAGCUCCGCGAGCGGCUCCAGGAGCAGCGUCAGGCUCGGGAACUGGAGCAACACAAACACGCCGUGGCGCUCACCGACCUGCGUGCCAAGCUCCAUGAAGAGAAGCUCCGUGACGUAGCUACUGCCCGUGAGGCCUUGGCCCGGCAGCACGAAGUGGAGCUGGCCCGGGCCAUCAAGAUCCGGGAUACAGAGGUACAGAGGCUCCAGGGGCUUGUAAACGCACUGAGGGAUGGAGCGGCCGACAAGCUCAAAAAUGCUCUUCUCGGAGAGGCCAGGGAGGAGGCCAGGAGAGCCUUUGAUGGAGAGAGGCUAAAGCUACAGCAGGAGAUCCAGGAGCAGAAAACAGCCAGGAAGCAGGCUGAGGAGGCGCUGGCAAAUGCUCUCCAAGCGGAUAAAGCCAAAGCAGCCGAUCUCCGCACAGCCUACCAACAGCACCAAGAUGAGGUGCAUCGUAUUAAACGGGACUGUGAGAGAGACAUCCGGCGACUGAUGGAUGAGUUAAAGGCAAAGGACCGGGUGAUGUGUGCUCUGGAGAAGGAGCUGGGGGCCCAGGCUGGCUACGCCCAAAAGCUUCAGCUCCAGAAGGAAGCCCUGGACGAGCAGCUGGGUCAGGUACGAGAGGCUGAGAGACAGAACCACGGCAGCCCCAAGAGAGAAGUGGUGCCCGGGCUGGGUGAGAACGCGGACCUGCUCAACAACCAGGAGGUGGAGGAGCGUGACAUGAGGAGGUUCCAGCUGAAGAUCGCAGAGCUCCACUCGGUCAUAAGAAAACUGGAGGACAGAAAUGCACUGUUGGCAGACGAGAGGAAUGAACUAUUGAAGCGGGUGCGAGAGGCAGAAAGCCAAAUGAAGCCCAUGUUUGAGAAGAACAAACGGCUGUCCAAGAAAAAUGAUGACCUCCUGUUAACACUCCAGCGCAUGGAGGAGAAACUGAAAAACCUUAGCCGUGAGAACGCAGAGAUGAAGGAAAAAGUGUCCACCUCUCGGCCGCCCUCACAGCAGCAGCGGCCGAGCUCCCUGACCGACCUGAGCCACGCCCACGAGGAACAGGAAGUGGAGUUCCUCAAGCUUCAGAUAGCUGAGCAACGUGCCAUCAUUGAUGAGCUCACGCAGGAACGUGACCGACUGGUGAAGAAGAACAGGAGGAAACCGCUCAAGUUGUCAGAGAGGCCUGUUGUGGAGACAUAUUUUGGAUUUGAUGAGGAGUCGGUAGGUUCUGAGACGUCCUCUCUGACCUCUUACAACACUGACCUCACUGACCGCACACCUGCUACUCCAGAGGAGGAUUUGGAAGAGAGUGUUUCCCGCGAGGAGUCGGAGCUUCGUUUCCGUCAGCUCACAAGAGAGUACCAGGCUCUGCAGCGGGCCUAUGCCCUCCUGCAAGAACAGGCCGGGGGCUCUUUGGAUGCUGAGAGGGAGGCUAGGACACGUGAGCAGCUGCAAGCAGAGCUCAGCAGCUGCCAGGCCAAGAUUGUUGACCUGGAGAAGGCCCUGGCCGAGAGGGGGCAGGAUUCAAAGUGGGUGGAGGAGAAACAGUACUUGCUCAGGACAAACCAGGAACUGCACGAGAAGAUGUGUGCGUUGCAGCAGGCGGAGUCGCGGCUGCAGGCCGAGGUCCAGGACGCUCGGGACCAGAACGAGCUGCUGGAGUUCAGGGUGCUGGAACUGGAAGAGAGGGAACGCAGAUCUCCUGCCCUCAAUCUUCACAUGUCUGCGUUCCCUGAGAACAGCAGCAGUGCCCUGCAGAUCUACUGCCACCAAGAGGGAGUCAAGGAUGUAAUCAUUCCUGAGUUGAUGAAGAAGUUGGAUAUUCUGGGGGAUAAUGGGAAUCUUAGAAAUGAAGAGCAGGUGGCCGUGAUCCAGGCAGGGACGGUGAUCUCACUCUGUGAAAAGUGGUUGAAGCAAAUCAACAGCACAGAGGCCGCUCUCACACAGAAGAUGAUCGACCUGGAAAAUGACAAGGAGCUGUUCAGUAAGCAGAAGGGGUUCCUUGAGGAGGAGUUGGACUACAGAAAGCAGGCUUUGGAUCAAGCCUACAUGAGGAUCGAGGAGCUGGAGGCUACGCUGUAUAGCGCUCUGCAGCAGGAGCAGCCGGCAUGCCGGGCGGUGGCCGAGACGCUGACAGACAGACAGAGGGAGGAGCUGAGGCUAGCCGUGGACAAGCUGCGGCGUCAGAUUCUCCGGCAGAGCCGGCAGUAUGACAGUCAGAUCUUACAGGAGCGCAUGGAGCUCCUACAGCAGGCCCAGCAGAGGAUUAGAGAGCUGGAGGACAGGAUUGACUUGCAAAAGAGACAAAUAAAGGAAAUAGAGGAAAAGUUUUUGUUCCUCUUUUUGUUUUUCUCUUUAGCAUUUAUUCUUUGGCCUUAAUAAAAAUGACUGUGGAACCACAUCAGGUGUAACGAAGCUGUGGAGGCAAGAGAGGAUAAAACAUAACCUAAUUGUUUUUUAUGCAUUUGUAGACGGUUCAUGAAAACCUUAUGGCCUUUUUGAUACACGCGCACUUUUGCAGAAGACCCUUAACUGGAAUGCAAGUAUAUUUGAAAUUUUAAUAAAUAACCAGAUAUA